AUGGAAGACCAACAAGAUCAAAUCCCUCACCAGGUCGCCGUAGCCAUGCUUCUCGGCAUAGGACACCUCCAGGAAAUCAAACAGCAAACAACAGACAACAGAGUCGCCUACGAUGCCGAGAACCUGAUUCUCCACACCAUGCUGUGCCUCGAUUCCCCUCAUAGUAUACACACCGCCCAAGCAAUGGCGUAUGUCAUGAACGAGACGAGAAAGACGAUCGAAAACGCGAAAAAAGCAGAGAUGUGCUGUCAUUUUAUCGAACGCCUCCGCAACGCGGACGCCGGAAACUUGUGCGGACGCUACUUGCCCGACAGCGCCUGGUUCCAGCGCGCCUCGCAGACGACUUACAACGGCACCAGCAGAUUUGGUCCUCGUGCCUGCGCAUCCACGACGAACCAUCAUCACCCCGACAUCUGCCCUUACGGCAUAUCAUUCGACCUGCUGUACGAGAGAUACCUGGACGAGCACCGACAACGGCGUCUCUGGUUGCAGGGGGCCAUCGGCGGGUUCGGGCCCCAGAACCCGCCCGACAGCCCCUGGAACGAGUUCUUUGCGGAUGUCGCGGCAUACAGCUUGCACAACGACGUGCCCACACGGGCGUGGGACUACUGGCGCAUCGUGAUGUGUCUUCAGGAGAACUACGAGCGGGCCCGCGGCAGACAAGUCGACUACCGCGGUCUCCUGCAAUACGGCUGGAAGUACACUAAGCACAGGAUCGACACAGACGCCACGAUAGUCCGGAGAUGCGCCGAGGGCGUUCUAUCUGAAGACGAGAAGGAUGAGCUCGUUCAAGCUGUCAUUGUCGACGCGAGGUCGUACUACUACGACCCUUUCGAGUUCCCGCAGGACCCCGCUAGGUACGAGGCGGCCAUCCGCCCCAGAUCGUGGGUCGCCAGGGAACUCGCUGAGAUGCCCUUCAUCAAGAGACUCCCCUCCUGUCCUCCGCCAUUGCAGAAUCUGAAGCGCGUUUGGAAGUGGGCGGAUGUUGACGAGCAUAGGAACGUGUGGGUGUGGUGCCAGUACGUUGCCACGGGGGAUCACUGGUACCCUCAUUACAUCGGCAGUGACGACGGGAGCAACGAGGAGUUGAGGGUAGCUCUUCAGAGGAAUCGGAUGGACCAGAUCUGGGAAGAGUCCCAACAGCAGCAGGCGCGUGCUGACGAAUCCGAGGGGGUUAUUGAUCGACGAGAGGCGGAAGAGCAGGAGAAGAAUAAUGCUUACUCGCAGUUGGAAUCUUCCCUUUCGACGGGGGACCUUGGCGAUGAGGAAAGCGAGGUCCGGGAGGGAGACUAUUAUUUCGAUUGGAGCGACGAAGAAGGACUGGAACAUGAGGACGGCGAUGAGGAUGGCGACGACAGCUACAUGUUCAGCCGUCGACAGGCUGAGGCGGAGAGACGCCAUCACCAGCGGGACAUUAACCGUCUUACACGGCGGGAGGAGAAUAUGACGGAUAACUGGGGGGGUUAUAGCGACUCGGAUGAGAUCGCGGCCAGUGGCGAGGGAUCUUCUAGCUAG